UUUAUAUACCCAGUUAUCAAUUUCUAGUUGAUGCUAGUGAAAUGUGUAUGACUUUUAAUACCAUAAUCAAACAGAAUCAACUGGGCGAAGAAGAUCAGCGGAGUCAAGCAGGCUGAUUUCCUCCACUGCUCAAACACAUUGCAGAAUUCAUCAGGACCAGUUAAUCCUGCUUCAUGCACAUAUAAUCUUCAACAUUAAAAAAAUGAAGUGACUGGAGUCAGAGGACCUUCAACUGUCCCACAACAAAUCCUACCACACAUGAAAGCCACACUCCCCAUGCCUACGCUUUAUAACGCAACUCCUAAAGCAAAAUGGUCACCUGAGCGUGGGGUAUUUUUUGCAUCAGCCAACAGCUGUGAGUAACAAAGGGAACAGAGGGUGGAGAGAUGGGGGUGCCUAUCAUCUUCUAGAAUAAACUUGCAGUCCUCAGAUGAUACGAAGUUUGGUUGUUAGGCUUCUGAGACACACCCAACCAAAGCUAUUCAGCCACUUUCCAUCAUUCCAUGGCCUUAAGAGGGAUUGACAUGGCUCUAGCCGUGGUCCUAGUUAGCAUUCUAUCUGCAAGAGCUGCUGCUCAAUCAGGUUGUAACAGUGUGCUCAUUGGCUUGGCUCCAUGCCUCAACUAUAUCACAGGAAGCUCCUCAACCCCAUCUUCUUCCUGCUGCUCACAACUUGCUAGUGCCGUACAAUCCAAGCCACAAUGCCUUUGCACGGCGCUAAAUGGUGGUGGCGCAUCAUUGGGUAUAACAAUCAACCAGACGCUUGCUCUUGCGCUCCCAGGUGCUUGCAAUGUGCAAACUCCGCCCGUCAGCCAGUGCAAUGCUGCUAAUGGACCUGCACCAUCCCCUGUCGCUUCCCCACUAAGUUCACCGGAAGGUGUACCUGAUGGCUCUUCAGAUCAAACUCCAAACCCUGCAACUAGCUCAUCGGAACCAGGACCUGGAUCUAAAUCAGUUCCAACAACAGCCACGGGUUCUUCCAAUGGUGCUAUUGUAAUGAAUCUCGAGAUGCCCCUUCAGCUCGCCCUCCUUUUCCUCUUCAUGGCUACGUAUAAUUAAAUUUUCUGCAGCUUCUGAGUUUUCUUUGGGAGUUUAUGGGGGCUGUAACUACUAUUUGAGGUCUUGUUUUGUGUCUUGCAUCAAUGUAAUAUCUUCCGUAAAGUUUUUAUUUUUCGCUUACUAUAAUGUAUGAGUGUUCUUCUUAUCGAAAAUAAUGUAUAACUGUUCUUCUUAUA